AUGCCGCUCCCCAUCCCCAUCCCCGCACCCCGCACCACUGUCGCCCUCUCCCCUCGCGCUCUUCCACGCUCGCGCCACCGUCGGCGGGUCAGCACGGCUGAGGUGGAGGCGCUUGCCGUAGGCGGGAGCUCCGAGAAGGCCAGCAAGUCCAACGCGAGCGAGGCAAGCCACCAGGGCAAGGGCGUCGGCCACCAGGCGGGGCAAGGGCGCCUUCCAGGCCGCCUCUAUUCUUCCUCAAGUCGGUCAGCCAUGGCGGCAUACACCGGUGGCUGCGGCAGCCACCCAGCCCCCUGCUCUUCCUCGAGUUUGCGUCUCGGCAGAUCCACCUAA